UUUUUGGCCUCUCUCGUUUCAGCCCUCCGCCUGCCGGCGUACGUGACGAAGAUGCGUAACAAACGAAAGCGGAUGAGGAAGGGGGCCGCAAGGCAGGGGUUCCGGGAGUCGGACAUGAGGGAGGCCGUGCGGAUGGUCAUCAAGGACGGGGUCCCCUUGCGAAAGGUCCUCAAAAUGAAGAACGUCAAGCGGUCCACGCUCAAUCGCUACGUGAAGCUGGCCAAGGCGAACCCCUCGGCGAAAAUCCACAUGAACGCCCACAACGGUCAGAAGAUCCUCAAAUCGGACCGCCACGAGGAUGCUUUCAUCGAGCUCAUGAUCACGUGCUCCAGGUGGUUCCCGGGUCUGAACUUCCAGAACUUCCAGAAGCUAGCUCUCCGUCUGGGGUUGGAGCGCGGAGUGAAAUUCCCGAAGUCCUACAUGGACGCCGGGAUGGCCGGGAGAUACUGGUUGGAGGGAUUCGUCGAGAAGACCCUUUCGACCCUCUCUCAGCGCGCCACGGACUUCCCGACCCUCCUGGAGGGACUGCGCCUCACCAAACCCGGAAUGUCGACCGUUUCCAUGACUCUUCACGCCGUCGCUAAGCGCUACCCACAGCUCACCGAGGCCAAAAUCCUCAAUCUCAAUGAAAUUCAGGUGACCUCGCCGGAAGGGAUCUCUGUAACCUCGUGCCACAUCGUUUCCGCGGACGGGUCGACCCUGGCGCCUGUCCGGGUGUUCCCGAAGGACCACUUCAAGCCGCGACCUGGGGACGAAGCCCUGAACCUGGCCAACCCCCGCAAGGACACCCUCGACCCCGAGAUCUUCGCCGAGGUCAUCAAACACAUCGCCCAACUCACGAAGUCCUCCGUCGGCGAACCGGCCUUGGUCGUCAUGGACGACAACGAUUGGCACCUGUCGCUCGAGGCCAUCGAAGCGGCCAAGAACAACGGCGUCGUCAUGCUCGCAGUGCCCGCCCACCUCAGCGCCCGGGUCCUGGCCCUCGAGUCGCUCACGACCAGGUUCCUCGAGGUCUACAACGAGGCUGUCCGAGAGUCCCUCCAGAGGGUGCUCACUGUCGAAAGUAUGACGCGUUUCCUGGAUGUUGCUGCCGAGGAGGUCUUCACGAAGGAGGCGGUGCGGGAUGCGUUCGUGAUGUCGGAGCUGUAUCGGUUGACGAAGAGCUGUGGGAGGCAGCCCGAAGCGGACCAGGAGACUGAAGCCGAUGGUGCGGUUGUUCUUUUGGUUGGUGUGGACGACGUGUCUGACUGUGAGCAGGACCCUUUGAGCCCUGCUUCGUCUGGUGGAGAUGGGGAUGAUGCGGACGGCCUGGAUCUCAUGACGUUUCCCGAUGAUUUCUUUGCGUGAUUUCGUUACCGAACUUUUCUCGUUUCUUGGCUUAUUUAUGUUAUGAGUACACACAUUUUAAGCAUUUUACAUUCGUCACAAGAAAUAAGUCGAAUAAGGCAUUUUAUCAAAUAAGUAGGCGGGUACUCUUUUGACAAUUUACGGUGCAUAACCACGGGUUGCUUCACAGUGUUAAAAACUGAGGAGUGAAAUUCGACGUAUGACUCACUGUGGAUUCAAUUUAGCGCCCGAAAAACGCGAGCGAUAUGAAUGCGAGGUGAAAUUCGCUACAUAAUGGUGUACGGCACUUCCUGAAAAGGGUAGAUUUUGCUCCGUAAAAGUGUAAGUCACUCUGCAAGAAGAGUUGGUCUUACCCCGCAAUCAUAUCACUCGAGUUCUAAGGGCGCUAAUCCGACUCUGACACCAAAUUUCACUUUAACAUUAUUUUCAGUACUUUUUUGAACAACCAGAAAAUUCAUUGAUCAAUAUGUCUCUUUAAUUCACGCUCUGAUAAGAAAAUCCUCCUUUGUAUACAGUUGCAGUAAGUCAAACAUCAUCUGUGCCAAAUUCUUCCUUUCGAAAUAUUUAUUUUCUGCCAAACUGAUGGAUAUCUUUCUGUUAAAUUGUCUUAUUCACUUUGUUUGAUACGAGACCGAAUUUAUAGCAUCCGAAUUUCCGCUAGGCGUUUUUCUUCAGCAUGCAAGCAUAGUAGCUAGUUAAAACGUCAUCAUUAAUGAUGCUUGCAAACAACAUUUACUCACAGGCGUAUUUCUUUUUAAUUCAAGAACUAUUCAUCAUAAGUUGUACCCUCUUGUUUCUUAAUAUUUAUGUCGUUCCAAUAAUGUACUUCAUUGAGAUUUUUUACCAUCCAUUCCUUGAACUGACGUUAUGUUUUAUUGAAAGGAUUCUGUUAUUUAUGUGUUUUUCUAAUAAACGACCUAGCUUUUUGAAGAAAA